UUUUAUUUAUUUAAUAAAGUUCGCUGAUUCAUAAUUCUAAUCAUGUAUAAACUUGUACGACUUAAUUUUUGAAAUGUUGUUUAUUUUAUGAUUAAAUUGUUUUCAAAUAAGUGCAUUUUUGUUAUGUUGGUGAGCUUAGGGUUAUUGGUGGUGACAGGUGUACUAUGGGGGUGUACAAAUCCUUUUAUCCGUCAGGGUACGAAAGGUCUACGAUCAGUAAAGGCGGAGACAUGGCUCGGUCAGGCUUACGCUGAAAUUAUCUUCCUUCUUGGUAAUUGGAGGUACGUGGUACCGUUUUUGGUGAACCAAUGCGGUUCGUUGGUCUACCUAAUGGCGGUGCAAAGGGCGCCACUGUCGCUGGCCGUGCCCGCAUCUAACAGCUUGGCGUUCGCUUUUACAGCUGUAACUGGCUCUAUGGUGGGGGCUGAGGAGCCUUUGGAUCGUGGUUCAAUCCUUGGCAUCUUGUUUAUCAUAAUCGGGACUGCUUUAUGCUGUUGGGAUAAAAGUUAUUAAUUAUUGUUAUGGAAAACUAUCGAUAGAUGGCAGUAUUAUCA